AUGCAAUUUGUUUCGCAGAGCGCAUCCCGGCCCCCAGAAGCGAACAUGGAUGCUCCUCCCCCCGCGGCGGCGCAAGGUCCACUGGGCCCCAAGGCCCAAUUGACCUGUGAAAUGUGCAAGCGACGCAAGAUUAAAUGCGAUAAGCUGCGUCCCUGCACGGCCUGUCGGAAUGCAGGUACGAUUUGUGUUCCUGUCGAGCGUGCGCGUCUCCCGCGAGGUCGGUCAGGGGGAAGGAAGAAGAAGAAUAUUGCUGCUGCAAAUUCCAAUGCCGAAGCCAGUGCCAGUGCGAAUGUAAACCAUGGACAGAGCGAUGUGAAUGGGAAUGGCAAUGGUGCCGACGAUCUAAAAGAACGUGUGUCGAUGCUGGAGCAUACCGUUCAAGGCUUGGUGCAUAGCGGGCAGGCGUCUUAUGGUUCGGCUGAGGAUGGAGGCAUGUCGGUUCUUCCGGGGUUUUCGCUAUGGGAUGUUGGCAUCGGGCUUGCCGAGAAUCGCCUUCUCAAUGAGAAUAGCCAGCAGACGGACAAUCAUGUGGAUUCUUGGUUGAGCGGGAUCUCUCCCAUUCCCGAGCCAGAGGACUGGGACAAAGAGCUGCACCACCGUAGACAACUCAUGUCGAUAUAUAUGGAGCGAGUGGACUCCUUCCUCCCUAUCUUUCACUGCGCAUCUCUUGGCGACUAUCUCAUUAGCAGAAAGCCAUAUCUUGAUUAUAAUGUCGACCACCCGGCACCUGCAGCACUGGCUUGGGCUGUGCGCUACCUCGCUAUCAGCAGUAUCAGCGAUGAACAGUGCUUCCAGAUGUUCGAGGUGGGAAGACAAUCCCUCCUUGCGAGAUAUCAGAAAACCACGCAGUCUGCACUGGAAAAGGCGGAUUAUAUUAGCACGGAUGAUUUAACGACUUUGCAGGCGUUUGUGCUGUUUUUGUUAGCUAUCCGCGCUCAUGAUCAGGGUCGACGAGCCUGGACGAUGCUAAGUCUCGCGCUACGCAUUGCCCAGUCUCUUUCCCUCCACGAGUCGGAACCCCCAUUCCCGGUGAAACCGUUGGAGCGCGAGAUGCGCCAUCGCCUGUGGCAUGUCAUUGGCAUCCUAGACAUCCAAGCUGCUUUUGACCGAGGUUCCGAGCCAAUGCUGCGAUCGAACUGCUCCAUGUCCGAGAUAUCAUCGCCCAGCACAGGCGAUCCCGACUCUCCUUUCUCCAUAACGCAACCUGACGAUGCCGCCACUCAGUUCCUGCACACAGACACAAGGUUCCUCGCCAUCAUGGCAGAAGCCCAAUGUGCCUUCCGAGCUCUUGACGUAUCAGAACUAAACGCCUCCGAGGUGGCCACGCCAACCAACUUCGACACCAAAUCCCGCCAACACGUAGCAACAACCUUCCGACAAAAAUCCCUCGCCCUCCUCCCAGACCCCCAAUCAGAGCUCAUCACAACAAAUCUCGACUGGUGCCUGCGAAAACUAGUUAACAUCGUCCACGCCUUCCUCCAACUGCUCUCCUUCCGCCCAAUACGCAGCGGCAAUAGAAAUCCAGACUCUCCACCAGUAGCAAUACCGCGCGGCUCAGGCCUGCUCCUCCUAACGGUCAAAUUCCUGCAAGCGCUCGAUCAAUUCCGACACGACGAGCGCAGCGAGCCGUUCCGGUGGUUUAUUCGACUAUUCGUCCCCUGGCAUGUGCUUGUUGUUGCGAUUGACGAGGCGGAUGCGUGUGAGGAUGUGCUGUUAAGGCAGAACUGCCAGGCACUGAUUGAGCGGUUUUUGGUCUCGUUUGAGGAUAUGUUGGCGGAUGUGCAUCGGGCGAUGUUGCAGGGGUCUGUGGAGAGGUUGAUGGCGUUUGGGUGGAAUGUGCCGACUAUGAAUUCUUUGAGGGGCUCGUUUGGUGAGGGCCAAGAUGUGUCGCCUAAUUCGUGA